UGUACGUGUACAAUACAUGUACAUUACAUGUUCAUGUACUUCCACAUAUCACAGGCCACGCGAGGUCGUCCAAGGCCGGCAGCCCAUGCCGUUGUUGAAGAUUUGAAGUUGAAUUUGGACUUACUCUUACGUGUACUUUUCUUCAAAGAAUCAAGAGGCAAAAACAUAAAGAUGUUGCCUGUCCAUUACUGGAUUUUUCUUGUCCACUUUGUGCUGCGCCUCGUGGUUCAAAGGGUGUCUGCUGAGAAAAACCCAACAGUGGACCCCAAGGGCUAUGUAGUGUACUGCCCAUGCAUGGGUCGGUUUGGGAACCAGGCAGACCAAUUUCUUGGUGCUCUAGCCUUCAUUAAGAAUCUUGAUCGUACCAUAGUGUUGCCUCCUUGGGUGGAGUACGGCAAGCCAGGGAGCAAGCCUGGAUCAUCUCAAAUCCCAUUUGAUACCUACUUCAAAGUGGAGCCGUUGGCCAAAUACCACCGAGUCAUCACCAUGGAAAUAUUCAUGGAAAAACUUGCGCCCAAAGUGUGGCCUCAUGGACAGAGGAAAGGUUUUUGCCACACAUUUCGUGAGGCCAAUUCCUGCAAAAUGAAGGAGGGUAAUCCGUUUGGCCCCUUCUGGGACAACUUCAAUGUUGACUUUGACUCCUAUGUGGCCUUUGGCUCCGGGCUCAGCUAUGACCCCUCCAACUCAAAUACAAGGAAAUGGAAUGAAAAAUUUCCAGCCUCAGAGUUCCCAGUCCUUGCAUUUGGCGGAGCGCCAGGGAGUUUCCCAGUGCUAGAGCAGAACGUCCACCUACACCAGUACCUGGUAUGGUCAGAUAUGAUAGAGGAAGAAGCCAACAACUUCAUCGCAACCAAAAUCCCUGAAGGACCUUUCCUUGGGGUGCACAUGCGGAAUGGCCUAGACUGGGUGAACGUCUGCGACAACCACAUAGGGAAAGAAAAAAAUAGACAUCUCUUCGGCUCACCACAAUGCCUGGGGUACCACUUCGAGCAUGGGCAGGUCACCAAGGAUAUGUGCUUGCCUCCUGCCGACCUGGUCAAGAGGCAGAUCAGGAGGCGGGUCAAGAAGAUCAAAGCCAAGGCAGUGUUUGUAGCCGCUGAUGCUGACCCUAUGAUGACAGUUCUGGCCAACAUGCUAGAGCCCCUCAAGGUAAAGGUUCUUCAGUACGAUAAGCAUGAGCCACAUGUGGAGUUGGCCAUCCUGGCCAAAGCUGACCACUACAUUGGCAACUGCCUGUCCACCUUCUCGGCCUUUGCUGCGCGCGAGAGAGGCGUGACGGGCAAGCCCACCUCCUUCUGGGCGCACGACGACUUGCUGAACAAGGAUGAAAAGGUCAAGAAAAAGAAGAAGAAACAGGCCCAUGCGGAUGACGAACUUUAACACUCGCUCCUUUAGGCAGAUUUUUGAACUUUUCUUUCAAAUCACCCUUGAGAGUUAUUUACUUUCCUUGUUUUACAUUCAUACAUGUGGUUGUCUUGUGUUGAAAGCUCAUAAACGUUUGAUAUCUUAGGAUGUGUGAAAAGCACAUGCUUACAUUGUGCCAGAAUGCAGUUUUCGUAAGUGAUGCAGGAGCCAUUGGCUGGGAACUUUUGGAGCAUUGGCUCAAUCAAUGCAUUAACCAAAGGUUCCUUUUAUUCAUUAGCCCUCAUGUCAUGCUGUAUUACAUUGUGUUUAUUUACUGAUGAAUCCAUUCAGCCAUACAUUGCCGGGUAAUAGACCGGAUGGUUUGGGGAUACCAAGAUAACUUGCCUACUUGCUUAAAAGACAUCAUCAGAACACUUUUUCUUUUAUUUCAUAUUCUUUGUGCCUACUAUUACAAAUACUUUACUUUUUUACAAGCUUCUUUAAUCAAUACUUGCAUUUUCAAGUUCAUAGAUCAUUUCUUGAUCGUGUAAGUUCAUAGAUGUCUGCUCCACCUUUGUGUUCUUAACAUAACACAUCAUAAUCACUACAGAAUGACUUCCCCGUGAAUAAUGUUUGCAAUUUUCAUUCCAUGGUACCUGUUUUUGGUAUAAAGCAUUCUGCAUUUGAUCACAGUCUGUGUCCUAAAAUCUGUGUUCAAUUCAAUCAUGUCUACCUGAUGUGAUAGGAGCCAGCUGACAACUGUAGACCAAUGAACAGGCUGAUGGCAGGCUGAAUAUAAUUGGCUCGCACACAUCAGAUGUGUUUCUUUGGAGUGUAUAGGUUCAAACAACUAGAUGGCAGGUCAUAUUCUAAAUACUUCAGAUGUUAGGGACAAACGCCUGCAAGGAAGUUAUUUUAAAAUCUUUUUUUACUAAAAUGUGACCGUCUGGUCAGUAUCACAUCUUGGACCAUUUUCACAAACUGUGAAAUAUAUUUUUACUUGCAAUAUAGUAUUCCAUCUGGGUAUUUAUCUCCUUCCUCUCCUGUAAUAGUAUUUUGUGGUCGUCUAGGACUUUUGUCUUGGUGUUAUGGUGAUACAUUGUACUUUUUUAAUUAAAAUAUUUUUAUAUGGAAAUGAUACACCAAGGAUGUAACUGAUCUUAUAGAUGUUGAAUAGGUCACAAUUUUAAAGAUGAAAAAGCAACUUUAAGAGUAUCCAUUUAUUCAGGGUUUUGCAUAAUUGCAAGAGUGUAUGAAUUCUAUCCUGUUAAUGAAACUAUUCCAACUGGAUUUUGAAACAUGCGGUUAUACUGAAAACCAGUUGAUAUAUUUUUGAAAACUGAUUAUCCUGUGGGGAUUUUCAUUUUCAUUCAGUAAGUUAUUCCUCCCUGAUCGGGUCUUCUUUAUUGGUAAAGGGAUCAAGUCCAUUAGUGUGUCAAAUAAAAAUUCACUUUUCUAUUUUGAAUCACUUUCAA